UAUGAACUAAAAGUAUCUGAGCAAAAUAGAAAAACCAAAAGACUUAUUAUUAAACAGUUUUUUGGUAGAGUUUUGUGGUACUUUGUUCAUGAGCAUAACAAUGCAACUGUGAUGCUUGCUUAUGUUGAAUGUGCUAAUGUAUUAGAUAAAAAAAUAUCUAAAUUUGGGAUAAAAACAUUUUAUCACUUUGGUCGUAAAGAAUUUAUUGAUGUACAAGCAAUUAAAAGAUGC